AUGUCUCAUAAUCCAAUUUGCAGUCGAUGCUCAGAGGAGAUUCUGAAGCCAGCGCCAGUUCAUCCAGUAUGUGUACCUUCUAUAAUCACACCCGUAACGACCGUUUCACCAAUGCUCCAUCCCAGUGCUAUCAAGUAUCCAUUAGGCGUUGAUCCAGCGGCUAUAUUCCUUUUCACAUCUCAGUUACGUUCCUCACUUUCUGACUCAUCCCCGUCCGAGUGUUCGUCAGGCUCAUCGCCUCGAUCAAUACCUCACUACGCUUGGUUACCAAGCUCUUCGGAACGUCCUUCUACUCCCAAUGAACAAAAAAGUAUCACUGCGUUGGGAUUGAGCAAAUGUCUAUUGCGCAAGCACAAAAACAAUCGCAAACCACGAACGCCAUUCAGUACCCAACAACUGCUCUCGUUGGAGCGCAAAUUCCAACAGAAGCAAUAUCUAUCUAUUGCAGAAAGAGCUGAAUUUAGUGCUUCGUUGCAGCUCACAGAAACUCAAGUCAAAAUUUGGUUUCAAAAUCGACGAGCAAAAUCGAAACGUCUUCAAGAGGCCGAAGUUGAAAAAGUGAAAUUUGCGCAAGCCAGUGCGUUUGCAGCUGCAGCCGUCGCGAAUGCAACAGUUGGCGACAGCACCAAAUCGUUUCUUCCGUUCACUUAUGCACCUCAGUGGUGA